CUUUGUGAUAUCCUAAAUAUUAAGCAAAAUGUCUAAGACUAGUACAUUACGUUUCACAUUAAGUUUUAAGAAACCAAAUUUCAAUAAUCUCCCCAAUUUCAUCCCUAGACACAAAUCUUCAUUAAGUCAAUCCUCAGUCUCGUCAACUUCUUCAACCAAGCUCGACACAUCCUUAGCUCCGCAGUCCAUCACGGCAUUCCCGGUGCGUGUACACAAGGACGAAGAUCAAGUUUCACAGAGUGCUCUUGAUGCCCGAAAUAAUUUCCAAGGCCUUCUUCCCGAUGCUGAUUAUAGAUCCCAUUCCUCCGGCCCAUAUGGUAAUUUCUUUGCUUUAACAUGGCCUGACGGCAUAACAGAAAGGGUAAAGCUGGGCACUGAGAUCAUCGAGACUUUAUGGUUAUAUGAUGACGUUAUUGAAGAUGUACCUCACAACGGAGCUCUAGAGGUGCAUGCCGGUGUCCGAGACUCGUUAGCAGGAAAGCCAGACAAGCCAAGCUCCAAGAUUCAGGUCUCCACAUUAUUCAAUCGUUUUGGCGAACGCUUGAUUAAAAUGGAUAGGAAGGGGGCGCCGCGGGUAAUAGACUCAUUAAAGUCGUACCUUGAUAACUACGAUAGUCGGAAGACCCCGUUUGCCACAAUUGGUGAAUACACCGAAUACAGGAGAGUGAAUGUCGGUUUUGGGAUCAUGGAAAGCUUCAUGCAAUGGACCCUAGGCAUCUCCCUUAAUGAAGCUGAAAUAGAGUUAUCUCGCGAUUUCUACCUGUCUUCUGGUCGGGUGUUAGGACUCACGAAUGAUUAUUUUUCGUGGAACGUGGAGCGAAAAGAACCUGCUGACCGGCAAUGGAAUGCGGUCCCACUGAUCAUGAAGCAAUAUAACUUGAACGAAAAAGACGCAACCGUUUUUCUCCGAGGGUUAGUGGUAUACCACGAGCAACAAGUCCGGAAAUUAGGUGUGGAGCUGUUGAAAAGGUCUAAAAAUUCACCGAAGAUGGUUAAGUACGUCAACGCAAUGGGGUUGCUCUUAGGAGGAAACUGUUUUUGGAGCAGUAAUUGCGAGAGAUACAACCCGGAGAUGUGA